AAUCAAGAAUUUAAAUACGAAAAAUCACGGUGCGAAAAUCUAACUGGAUAGUUUACCACCCUCAAAAAAUUCUAACGUAAAAAAAUUAGAUUGAAUCACGUAAUUAACCGAGUCUUAUCAAGUAAUUCUGUGACCGGCUGACAGCUAGUGAGAAUUCACGUGUACGUGUUUUCAUGCUAUCAUUCAUACACGUAAUAAUCACAUUGACGUUGUCGGACUUGAGAGGCAUCGAGAGGAAUUCUACUUUUACAAUCACCUUAAAGGACUUCAGACAUCAAUAAGCGCUCCGUGAACGCGCAGCACAGUUACAAUAGGAAUUACAAAAUUUAAAUAAAUAUAGGAAUAAGGCGAGCUAAUCAGAUAACAGUUUUUACCACAGUUUUUACAGAUGAAACGCCCGGUGUGCACCGAUAAAAAUCUGUAGUUAUCAGUUAUCAUACAAUGGAGUGGAAAACGUUAAUAGGAGUAAUCGGUAUUGUAAGUUUGUGUUUCUUAGCGAUACCGAUAAAAAUCGAGUCCCCUACAGAGAUUCAAGAUCUAAAGCUGUUUGAAGAAUACGUUGCAAAUUUUAACAAAUCCUACCGACAUAAUCCUGCAGAGUAUCAUGCUCGGUUCGAGAAGUUUCAGAAAUCUCUGAGGCACAUCGAGCAAAUGAAUCUUCUUCGAACGUCGAAGGAAAGUGCAAAAUACGGCGUUACAGAAUUCUCCGAUAUGUCAGAACAGGAAUUUGCAGAUUUUCAUUUACGUCCGGAUAUAUCCCAGCGGGGAUUGUCGCAUCUCAUUCACGUCCAUCAUCAUAUUCAUCGUAAUGACCAUCGAGAUGAAGACAUGAAUAUGCAUGAUCAUCUCGCAAACAGAGUAAAACGCUCCACGGUCAAAAUUCCUGAUAAAUUUGACUGGAGAUCGAAAGGAUUCGUAACACCCGUUCGUAGCCAACGAAACUGUGGAGCCUGCUGGGCUUUCAGUACCGUCGAAGUUGCCGAAACUAUGUUCGCUAUUAGAAAUAAUGGUACCCUCAAAUCACUCAGCGUUCAAGAGAUGAUCGAUUGUGCCGGGCAUGGUAAUUUCGGUUGCAACGGCGGUGAUAUUUGCAGUCUUCUAAUGUGGCUGACGACGAAUAAGGUCAAAAUUCAGUUCGAAUCCGCAUAUCCCAUGACGUGGAAAACCGACACAUGCAAAGUAACUGGCAAAGAAAGUUCAUCAGGCGAGUUGAUUUCGGGUGUACAAGUGACGGAGUUCACGUGUGAUAAUUUCGUGGAUGCUGAAGAUGUACUGAUGGAAACUUUGGCGAACCAUGGACCGGUUGCAGCAGCUGUAAACGCACUUUCGUGGCAGAAUUACUUGGGUGGGAUAAUCCAGUAUCACUGCGACGGUGAUUUUAGGAGUUUAAAUCACGCUGUGGAAAUUGUUGGCUACGACAAAACCGGCGUGGUUCCUUUUUACAUCGUUAGGAAUUCGUGGGGACCGCAUUUCGGAGACAACGGUUACCUCUACGUUGCUGCGAACGGAAAUUUAUGCGGUAUCGCCAAUCAAGUCUCAUCCCUGAACGUCGCUUGAGCCAUAUGGCCUACUCGAUAAUGUAAUCUCUGUAACGGAGUCAUCGUUCUCCGAAUAAAGCGAAGGAAUCGAAUGCUAUGAUAAAUAGUUUCGUAUAACACUUUAAUUAGUUGAAUAUCAAACAUUGGAGGCUGUUAAAUUCUAUUUUUAUAAGUACAAUGUUCAUAUCAUGCGGUGAUUAGUAAAUACAGCGUUAAUAAUUGGAGAACCCGUAUUCCUAGUUAAGUUUGCGCACCUAUUGUAACUUUUCUACUAGGCAACAAUCAUCUAGCAUAAACAAUGUACAUUUGUAUACAUAACGUUAGACAGUGUUAAGCACGCCAUUGUUAUUACAUAAAACAAUUACACAAAGUAUCCACAUAUUUCAUAAAUUUUUUAA